GCGCCAUUUGCCUUUGCUUCUCUCAUUUUAAAAACUUUUCCACCACACUACCUCCUACCUUCAAAACCCCAUUCGUUCAUUCGUUUCAUUCCUCUGCAACCAAAACCCUAAACCGCGCCAUGCACCCUCACUCCUCCUACACCGAUUCCCUCUCCAAAUCGCAGGAACUAUCAUCCGCCAUCCAAUCAGCCAACAACCCUGCUCAAAUAGCAUCUGCCUGCGCCUCCAUCGACUCCUUCCUGCACUCUCACUCACCCGACCAAUCCCGCCACUUCUUCUCCAUCGCCUUCCCAACCCUAAUCUCCAAGCUCUUCGGCUUCGACGACCCCGCUUCCGCCAAUGCCUGGAUCCACCACCGCCACUCCCACGACCUCGCCCCUACCCUCUUCUCCCUCCUCUCCCCCGGCACCCUCGCCGCCGCUAUCGCCGCUGUGGACCGCCUCUCCCUCGUUAAAUACGUCUUCCCCGCCGAACGACUCCCUCAAUGGACCCGCUCCCUCCUCCUCAACAAAAACAACGCCGCCGAUUCUCGCCCUCUCUCCGAUCUCUGCCCCUCCCUUUUCAAGCCCUCCCCUUCCCCCUCCCAAAUCCAGCUCAACGUCUUCGAAUACUUCUUCUUCUGGUUCGCCUACUACCCCGUUUCCAAGGCCAAAAACGACAAUCCCAAUGCCGCUUCGCUUAAACGUCCUAAGAAAUUUAGGUUAGAGGAUUGGACUUGGACCUCCUCCUUUCCUUGCUUCUCCGCCUCCAAACCCUCCCUCGAGGGAAAACCUCAGUGUGAUUUGUACACGCGUCUCCUCUGCGAGUAUCUACGCGCUUAUGUCCCGUCCUACGAUCUCAACGCCCACCAGCCCUACCGCUCCUCCAUUCUCCACUACGGCUCCGGCUACGAUGCCUCCGUUGUGGCGCGGGCUGAGUUUGUGGUCAACACCUUCAUCCAUUUCUGGCUCGUGGACAACGACUUCUCGCCGUUGCCGGUGAGUCUUUGCCGGAAUCUUGGGGUGUCUUUUCCGGCCGGGGAGGCGCCUCCUGCGCCGGGGCUGGGAGAGGUGGUGAGGCUGUUCGUGAGCUACUUAAGUUUGAGCACUGUGGCGGCGUUUAGCGAGAGUGGUGGUGAGAGUGGAAGUCCCAGGUGGAGGGCUGUGGAGGGUGCCAAGAGCAAGGAUUUGGGGUCUGUGCGGUCUCUUUGUUGCUGGAACUUCUCCGUGCAGAGGCCUCUGUAUAGGUUCUUGUUGAGGACGUUUUUGUUUUGCCCUAUGGCUGCUUCGGUUAAGAAUGUGUCGCAAGUGUUGUCGGUUUGGAUUGGUUACUUGGAGCCUUGGUCAGUGAAUGGGAACGAGUUUUUGAAAUUAGAUGCAAUUAACGGUGAGAAAAAGGAUAAUCCCGUGCCUGCAAGUGUGGGUGGCGGAUUCUCGCAUCAGUGGCGGGACUAUGUUCUCUCUAAUUAUCUAUACUACAGUUCCUUGGUCAUGCAUUUCAUUGGCUUCGCUCACAGGUUUCUUCAUAGCGAUGUUGAAGUUAUAGUCCAGAUGGUUCUCAAGGUGUUAGAUACCUUGACAUCAUCAAAAGAGCUCGUCGACCUUUUGAAGACUGUGGAUUCCUAUUUCCAUUCUAAACAGGCUGGAUCAGGCAAACCGAUUUUGAAUAACUUGUACAGAUAUGUUCCUACUAUCCGUGAACAGUUGCAGGACUGGGAGGAUGGUUUAUGCGAGACCGAUGCUGAUGGCUCCUUUUUGCAUGAGAAUUGGAACAAAGAUUUGCGACUGUUUGCAGAUGGGGAGGAUGGUGGACAACAGCUCCUUCAGUUGUUUAUAAUGCGUGCAGAAGCUGAGUUACAAGCUAUAUCUGGUGAUAAUAUUAUACCCAGCCUUCAGUGCAUAGAUUCAUUGAAGGCAAGAUUGGGGAGCUUAUUUGAUGGAAAGACUGUGAAUUUAUCACCAUCUUGUCAUGAACCAGUGCCACAUCAGCAAUCUCGUUAUGACAUUUUUAAGCCUAGAAUAGCUGGUAAUCAUGUAUAUGCAGAUGUUAAAUACAAAGGUGACUGGAUGAGACGUCCCAUUUCCAAUGAUGAAAUUGCAUGGCUUGCAAAAGUGCUUAUUAGGUUGUCUGAUUGGUUGAAUAAGAAUCUUGGACUGAAUCAGGCAGAGAGCAGUCAAAUAAGCUCACCAGUCUCUUAUGUGGAGGUAUCAGCUGAUGUUGCCCAUGUAUGUGGACUUUCGGAGGCUCUGAAGGUCUUCUUUUGUACCAUUGGUUCUUGGUUUCUCUUUUUGGGUGCAGCAUCUUUGGGUUUCAUGCGAAAAUAUGACCUGAGGGUGAACCUAAGGAUACUGGCAUCCAAGAAGGUAGUAAUGGUUUUUGUUUUGUAUGUUGUUUUUGGCAUAUUGAAGAAACUCGUUAGAGCAUUCCAUAACUCCUAUUGAAGAUUAUAGAUUGAAUAUACCAAGUGUAUAGAGAUGUGAAAAGUACAAAGAAUUAUUUUUGUAUCAAGUUACUGUGCAUAAGAUAUUUCUGCUUCUGUAA